AUGCUAUUUUACUGCUAUGGAAUGUUACUCACGUUCUAAUCUUUGCUUUAACGGUCCCGUUCUAUGACGUCACAGUAAUUGGAAUGGAAUUUGGAAGCCUCUUAAUUUUGCUAGCUGAGUAUCCUGAGUGCAAAAGGCUUCCUUCAGUUCAGUGGAAGUUUUAUUGGUGAAUCACGGUUCAGUCUUCAAACUCAGUCACCAUGUCUGAUACCAAGAUGUAUUACAGCAGACCAACUCUUAUUUCCAAUUGGCAUAAAAACAGAGAGGCCGAACCCAAAGACUAUGACUUCACUCGUUGUCCAGAUGGAAAGAAGAAACUCAGCAAAUCUACCUACAAACACUUUGGAACCUACAUGGAUGCUGAUUGGAGCACAAGUACAGAAACCCAAAUGUCACAGUAUCUACUGAAGAGAGAUUAUGAGCCCAAGAAGAUUCUCAAGUCUAUGGUAGAGGCUGGCCACUUCCAGUCUACAGACUUUGACAAACGUACAGUCAGAGACACAGCAGGACAUGUGACUGGUGUGACCAAUAGCAUCCUGCCACAUCAUCGCCCCGGGCAUGACAAGAUGAAGUUGGACUCCACAUAUGCAGUGGAUUACCUGCCCCCAUGGGACUCCAGCAAAGAGGCGAGGACCAUGAAGGGCCUAGCAGCAGACAGCAUUCCUGACUACAGGAAGCCCCAGUCCCAGUUCACAGACACCGCCGACUACCGUCGCGGGGGCAGGAACACCUGGCAGGAUGAGAGCGGGGUCUAUGGUACCCUGGGAGCCACAUCCAGGGCCCAGGCUCAGCCAUCCAACCCCAUCUGCCCCUAGAACCCUCACCCUCCCUGGGGAACCACCACAGCAUGGCCUCCUUAACCUGGUUCUCACUGACCAAUACUAUUUUUCUCACUACAGACUUUACUGUAGCAACUUUUUACCUCAGUAUUUCUCUUUCUUUCACCUCAAGCUAUUGCUGUUUUGUCAUUUUUACAUGAAUAAAGCAAGUAUUGCAUGCCCAACGUUUAUGUUUUCCAACAACAGUGUUUCAUUGGAGUGGUGUCAGUGGAAAUGGAUACACCGCUGUGCUCAGUAUUGGUGUUGCAUCCCUCAGUGUUCAGUUCAGUCUUUUAGCAUCUGGUGUCUCUCUGUGAGGUUUAUAAUAUGUAUCUUCUGGUGUUUUCCCCUCCCAUCUCCCAGGGUUAGGGUUGUCCAGUCAUUUAUAAUGUGUAUCUCCCAGGGUUAGGGUUGUCCAGUCAUGUCUUUCUGUUGUUAUUUCUACAUCCCAUCCUAUUACUUCAUUGUUCUAAGUUCCUCCAACAAAAGUGUCCGUGUUCGUUCUCUCAGCAGAGGCAGAAAUGAACAAACCAAUAAUUCAACAAUAACAGUCCAAGACCUCUGGGUCUCUCUUCAACUUUAAAAACGUUCUUAUUGAAUUACACAGGUUGUUAGGCUGAAUGUGAGCGAACUACCUCCCUCCUGGGGUUUGACCUGUACGUGACCUGGAAACAAACCCAGACCCUUAAAGCUUGUGUGUGUGUGCGUGUGCAGGCAUGGAGUGUGUGGGAGCCUGUUAACACGUCCCUAUACACCAUGGACAUGGCGGUGCUUUGUGCAAAUUUUAUUUACAUGAAAUUGUGAACUUCCUGGCGAACCCCCCCCCCCCCCCCCCAUGGGAUCUGAACCAUUUCCGUUGGCCUGUAAAGCACAUGUGUGUGUGGGUGUCUGCUUGCUGUGACCCGACCUAGCCUACACCUUGGACAUGAGAUAGACUGAGAGAAAACACAUCCUGCCGUGUCUUCUUCUUGUCUUCUUCCAAUGUGCAUUCAGUGGAACUGUGCUCAUUAUACUGUCUCUGUAUAAUGUCUAUACUGUAUAUCUCUGCUGCUGGGUGAAAAAAAAACGACAGUUGGAAUUGUUCACGUUAAAAUAAAA